AUGAACAACAAAACUGUCAUCUCCCAGUUUGUCCUCUGGGGACUGCCCAUUGCCCCAGAGCAGAAUAACAUGUUCUAUGCCCUGUUCCUGGCCAUGUACCUCACCACUGUCCUGGGGAACCUCAUCAUCAUCAUCAUCAUUUACCUGGACUCCCAUCUCCACACGCCCAUGUACUUCUUUCUCAGCAACUUGUCCUUCACUGACCUCUGCUUUUCUUCUGUCACAAUGCCCAAGUUGCUGCAGAACAUGCAAAGCCAGGACCCUUCCAUUUCCUAUGUGAGUUGUCUGACACAAAUAUACUUCUUUAUGGUUUUUGGAGACAUGGAAAUCUUCCUUCUUGUGGUCAUGGCCUAUGACCGCUAUGUGGCCAUCUGCUUCCCCCUUCAUUACACCAGCAUCAUGAGCCCCAAGCUCUGUGCUUCACUCGUGCUGCUAUUGUGGAUGCUGACCAUACUGCAUGCCAUGAUGCACACCCUGCUUGCAGCUAGAUUGUCUUUUUGUGAGAACAAUGUGAUCCUAAACUUUUUCUGUGAUCUCUUUGCUUUCAUAAAGCUGGCCUGUUCUGACACUUAUGUUAAUGAGUUGAUGGUUUUUGUUGUGAUUGGUCUCCUUGUUAUAAUUCCAUUCCUACUUAUUGUUAUGUCCUAUGCAAAGAUUGUCUCAUCCAUUCUCAGAAUUUCAUCUACUCAAGUCAUCUACAAGGUCUCCUCCACCUGUGGCUCACAUCUGUCAGCAGUGUCUCUGUUCUAUGGGGCAAUAAUUGGACUCUACUUAUGCCCAUCAGAUAAUGAUUCUACUGUGCAGGAAACUGUCAUGGCCAUGAUGUAUGCAGUGGUGACUCCCAUGCUGAACCCCUUCAUCUACAGCCUGAGGAACAGAGAUAUAAAACAGGCCCUGAUAAGUGUUAUCUGCAGUAAGAAAAUGUCUUUGUUAUGGUAG